UUAUAGAAAGAUUCCGGCUCCAGGAGAGAGAGUUUGUCAGAGAGAGCGGUGCGGAUGAGAGAGCGGUCGCGUUGCGUUCGCUCUUCUCUCUCCAUUUCGUUCGCUCUGGAUUUUGGGACCUGAAGACCGCGCCCCUUGGCUUUCACAGAGAGGGUAAACCGCGUGGAACACGUUACCGUGCUGAGGGGACGAGCCGCUCGCUGUGACACCGAAGUGACCGCUCCCAGACGCUCGGAAUUUCCUUUGUGGUCCUCCGGAUUAUUUCUGUGGACCCUGGACGACUCUUCGUUCAAACUGAUGGCUGUUCCUUCUUCUCAAAGGAGGCUUUGCUUGCUCCUUUUAUAGCCUCGCCAGCAUCACCCAGCCCAGGCCAGCACUGAGGGGCUCAUAGACUGAGAGACUGAGCGACUGAGUAAUUCAGAGAUUGAGGCUGAGAGAAACUGAGAGGCAGACUGAGAAACAGAGAGACAGAGAGAGAAUUAAUGACUCAGAGACAGAGAGAGACUGAAUGACUCGGAGACAGAGAGAGAGACUGAGUGACUCAGAGACUGAGAGAAACUGAGUGACUGAGAGAGACAGACAGACUGAGGGGGUGUGGCUAUGACCUGAGUGACCGCUAUGACCUGAGUGACAGGGGGCUUUAGUACCAGCUGCAUGCUAUUGGCUGGCUCAUUACCUGGGCAGCAGCGCAGAGCACAGCGCAGGGAGGGGGCACGGGAGGCAUGGGGAACGUGCUGCGCAGCGCGGUGGCCUUCAUCCCCUCCGAGCGCUGCCAGCGCUUCCUGGUGGGCGAGCUGAAGGAGAUGCCGCUGGACUGCACGCUGGACCUGAGCGGCUGCCACCUGCGGCGCCUCCCCCUGGCCGCCUGCGCCUUCGACCGGCUGGUCAGGCUCUACCUCAGCAACAACCGGCUGGGCGGCCUGCCCCCGGAGCUGCGCCAGCUGCGCAGCCUGCAGCUGCUGGCGCUCGACUUCAACUGCCUGGAGGAGCUGCCCCUGGCGGUCUGCGGCCUGCCCCAGCUCAACACCCUCUACCUCAGCAACAACCGGCUGGACAGCCUGCCCCCGGAGCUGGCGUUGCUGGCCGAGCUCCGCACCCUGUGGCUGGAGGCCAACUGCUUCGCCGAGUUCCCCGACGUGCUCUGCCACCUGCCCGCCCUGCGCACCCUCCACCUGGGCUACAACCGGCUGCGGGCCCUGCCGCGGGAGCUGGCCGCCCUGGGGGAGCUGCACAGCGUGUGGCUGGCGGGGAACCUGCUGGCCGACUUCCCGCCGGUGCUGCUGGAGAUGCACCAGCUGGGCGUGAUCGACGUGGACCGCAACCGCAUCCGCCGCUUCCCGCCGCUGGCGCACCUGGCGGGGCUCAGCCUGGUCAUCUACGACCACAACCCCUGCGUCAACGCGCCCGCCGUGGCGCCCGGCGUGCGCCGCGUGGGCCGCUGGGCCGACUGCGCCGACGAGGAGGACGAGGAGGAAGAGGAG